UCCAUAUCCAUUUUCCCUCCGAGCUCUGCGAAAAUGGCGGUCUUAUGCUGCGCCACCUCUGCUUAUCCUACGCAUACUCUGAGAGUAACUUCCGCUAAAGUUUCAGUGUGUUCGAGCUCUCGAGUUUCAGUUCCUCAGCUGCAUCAUUCCGAUUCCCCGUUUGUUCCCGAGGUUAACAAGGCUGUUGAUUCUUUGUCAAAAGAGUUCAGAGAAGUUGACAAUUUAGUGGCACGCAAUACUGCGCGAGUUUUGAGAGCUUUCCAAAGGGUCAAGGUUGGGUCUCAUCACUUUGGUGGUAGCACUGGCUAUGGUCAUGAAGAAGCUGGUGGGCGUGAAGCCUUGGACCAGGCUUUUGCAGAAAUUGUUGGGGCUGAGUCUGCAAUUGUUCGAUCACAGUUCUUUUCAGGUACUCAUGCAAUCACUUGUGCCUUAUUUGCUUUCUUAAGACCAGGGGAUGAGCUGUUAGCGAUAGCUGGUGCACCUUAUGAUACGCUGGAGGAAGUAAUUGGAAAAAGGGACUCUGGUGGAUUGGGUUCCUUGAAAGACUUUGGAGUAGAAUACCGGGAAGUCCCACUUGCAGAGGAUGGCGGGCUUGAUUGGGAUGCACUUAAAACCUCUAUAAGACCUCACACUAAGUGUGCACUCAUACAGAGAUCAUGUGGUUAUUCCUGGCGUCGCAGUUUGAGUGUAACUGAGAUAGGUCGGGCAAUCAAUAUAAUCAAGAUGCAGAACCCAGGCUGCAUGAUCAUGGUAGAUAACUGCUAUGGUGAAUUUGUUGACGACAUUGAACCUCCUAUGGUGGGUGCUGACCUAAUUGCGGGAAGUUUAAUAAAAAAUCCGGGUGGAACGAUUGCACCAUGUGGUGGAUAUGUUGCGGGAAGGAAAAGAUGGGUAGAAGCAGCAGCUUCCCGUCUCUCUGCCCCAGGACUUGGAAUUGAUUGCGGUUCUACCCCUGGUGAUAUAAUGAGAACUUUAUUUCAGGGUUUAUUCCUCUCGCCUCAAAUGGUUGGUGAAGCAAUAAAGGGAAGCUUCCUGAUAGCUGAAGUCAUGGCAGCUAAAGGAUAUAAAGUGCAGCCACUUUGCCGGAUCAAGCGUCAUGACACAGUGCAGGCUGUACAACUUGGAAACCGUGAGCGUCUACUUUCCUUUUGCGAGGCUGUUCAGAGAAGUUCUCCUGUUAGCUCUUUUAUCAGGCCUGUUGCAGGUGCAACUGCUGGCUAUGCAUCCGAGGUCAUUUUUGCUGAUGGAACCUUCAUUGAUGGAAGUACUAGCGAGCUCUCAUGUGAUGGACCGCUAAGAGAGCCUUUCUCUGUUUUCUGUCAGGGUGGCACUCAUUGGACGCAGUGGGGACUAGUUCUGGGGGAGGUUUUGAAAUCUCUAUGAAACUGGGAAAGAUCAUACAUUGGUGAAUACCCUCCACAAAUCAAUUUUUUCCACCAAGUUCCUCAGAGUCUCAUCAACGUAAAUUGUGGCGAAAAGAGAGAUUCUUCAUCAACUGCACAAAUUUUGUAGAGUAGUCUUUCUACCUUUUACAGGCCAUGAGAAUGAUAUCGGAUGGUCCGCACUACAUUAUCAUAUACAAGAAUGCAAAGGAGGUGAAGAGGGUAGCUUGGACAUUAAUACAGAACAAGUAAUCCAGAG